CAAGCCGGCGAGACUCUGCACGGGCACGCGCAGCAACUUUGCCGGACCGUAGCGCGAGCACACGCCGUUGACGACGCCUGCUUGUGAGCUCUUUAGCACGCACAUACAAACACACACUUCUCCGCACAACACACUCUUCUUUCUCCACCGCGUUUAUCGCCGUUGUUCCCGUCUCUGACUCUCUCUGAGACCGAAGCGGACUUAGCGCAGCCCGGGCUUCACGGAGAUCAGCAGCGGCUGCGGAGCGGAGCUCUGAGCGGAACAGCACGGACUCGGAUUCAGCCUCACAGCCCCGGCACCGCCACACAGCUCCUCCACUGACCGCGCUCAGCCUCCGGAAUCAUGUCGGAGUACAGCUCUUUGCUGAGUGACCUGUCCGAGAACAUCACUAAUGAGGAUCUGGAGCAGCUGAAGUCGGCCUGCAAAGAGGACAUCCCUGAGGACCAGAGCAAUUCCAUCACCUCCUCCAAAGAGUGGUUCAAUUACCUGGAGAAAAAUGACAAACUAGCCCAGGAUAACCUCUCCUACAUUGAGCACAUAUUCGAGAUCUCGCGACGGCCUGACCUUUUGACCCGGGUCAUCGAGUACCGCACAACGGUGCUGAAGAUUUCGGAAGACGACGAGAUUGACACCAAACUCACACGCAUUCCCUCUGCCAAGAAAUACAAGGAUAUCAUUCGCCAGCCAUCAGAAGAUGAGAUCAUCAAGCUGGCCCCUCCCCCUAAGAAAGCCUGAGGUCAAUAUUUGUGACCUUAUCUCUUCGUCCCUGGCGCUCCACCUCGUCAAAUCAUCUUCAGCCCCCCCAAUCACCAAACCCCACCUCGCCCCCUUCACUUACCACUAGCCAUCACUAACAGCCAUCGCCAAACGCUUCACACCACGGAGGCUCGAGAAGUUUCGGAAAAAUGGAGAGCGAUACGGACAGUGAUAGAUGGAAAGAUGGAAAGGACCAGUAAAGCAGUUGUUGUUGUACGCUUUGUGGGUCACUGCUGAGGUUGUGUCUCCUAUGAUGGGGAAACGUGUGUGAGUAUGUAAGCUUUGCUGGUUUGAAGUCUGUAUGUGUGCGCGAAUGGGAGAGAAUUUUUAUUUUGACUAUGGCAACGUUGAAUCAAGCCGCCAACGUAAAGGAGACUUCUUUGUUUCCCCUAAUUCCUGUGGUAAAUAUCUAGAAUGGCGAUAAAUCAUCCUUUUACAAACCACCUGUAAGCAGAAUUGACAUGGCUAUACAUUCCCUUUAAAACGCAAAAGAAUAACCUGCAAAAAUGGUCGAAAGAUUUGUCAAAACUCAUUUAAUCGAUAUUACAAAGCCGAUAUUUGCCUUCCAUUGAGAUACGGUAUUUGUGUGUACAUGAAAUACAAAAAAAGAAAAUGACUUAUUUUUAUUAUUUCCUUUAAGGCUGAAAUAUAAAUAUCCUAAACAUUGUAAUGAUUAUAUUAUGAAUUAUGAAGAAUAUCUCAUCACAUAGAUCAUACAAGGUCAACAAUGCUUGAUCUGAACACACACCGUUGAAAUGGUGUAGCUUUUUCGUUUGUUUGUUUGUUUGUUUGUUUCGUUUUCUUGCCCAAAUCAGAAGUGUACCUCUUUUUAAACAGUGAGAUGUUAGGCUUUAAUACCUCAAAAAUAAAGAAACACUGUCUAAAAAAAAACAAAAUAGAGAACUAAAUAGUGACCAAAAAGUCAUCCAUUCCAUAUUUUAUUGGCGUCACUUCCACAAAAUGACUCUUGCACAAGUAUAAAAGGGCAAAUUUAAAUGUAGGGGUUUGUAUUUCAUUUGAUAUAAACUGUGAACUUCAUUAAUUUAUUUAAUCGUCUUAAUAUAGUUUCGAAUUACACAAAAGGUCAUAUGUAGUAUGAUAAAAUUGUACAAAUAUUCGGGAUAUUUAAUAUUAUAUAUAAUAUUGCUACUAUAAACAUGAAGCAUACUGCACACAGUUAUUAUAGUUGUAGCAAAAGAGCUACGUAGAUAAUAUACAUGAAGUAGCAAAGAAAGAUUCAAAUUCUGAAGCAGUGUAAUAGUGUGGAAGUCUCAAACUCUGACAUGAAUUCCCAUUUGAAUUCCUAACUGUACGAGUCAUAAGUGCAUAUUCAUUCUCUCUAGACCAUCAUGUCAUUGCCCAGUUGAAGAAAGACUGUUGAUUAACAUUAAAUAUUUGCUCGAUCACUGUGUCUUCUUCCCCAGCCUCAACAGACUGUUGCUUUCGCUAAGCUAAAUACCAGUAUGCAUUCAUGUCAUAUAACAACGUAAAUGAAUUGAAAUGAUUACGAAGCGAAUAAUGUGUUUUCUGUCAAUCAACUCUGGGGAUGUAGGAUAGAAGUUCUCCUGGACUUGAAAAUGUCCUCUGUUUGUGAAGUCCCAUUUCCCGGUGUUCAGUUUCAGCACCUGCAGGGUAUCCGUGGUUCUUUACUCUGUCAUUUGUACAAACUGUGAUUUAGCGAACCCAAACCGCCAUCUUGUAAAGUUCCAAGGUGCUGAACUAAAACCUUUCGAACAGUGCCAGUUUGGGAAGGUCAAGAAAAGAAGGACCUGAAUUAACAUUUGAAUUUACAAACUCUUUUCUCUAUCUUUCCUUUUAUCUCCUUUCCUCGUGCCAACAGUUGAAACGUUCGUUGGAUUGCGCUCUCGGUUUUGUUUCGUUUCGUUUUGUACUGUUAGCUGUAUUAACAUUAGUGUUGUCAGACAAAGAGUAGGUAUCCUAUGCAGCUUCAUUCCUUUCGCCUCCAGACUCCUCACGGCCGUCACUAGAAUUAAUUACAGUUCAAUCUGAAAUAUCUUCAGAAGCUCCGGAUGGUGGUUGGCCACCUAGCGUCAAGCCCUGACGUGUAGUUACCAGAUCUAACUGAUCAAUCUAGCAGAUGUUUUCUAUUGAGCUUGCCUUGGAAAGCACUGAAAGUACUGAAAAUUCUCAUUUGAAGGCAGGUAAUGCUGGUUUCUUCUAGAUGUAGGUCAGUACUGUUUAUAAUACCAUUCAUUUACUAUAUUUAAUCACAGAAUUAUAACCGUUUCAUGAAGCAGCUUCCUGUGAGGUGACACAGAAUGUCCGGUUCCUAUCAGUAAACAUUGCUGACUCUAGAACAGAGCAUUUCGCAUCAGCCCGCUCUGAACGGGUACAUCUUAACCAUUUAGUUAUGCAGUAAUUUUGAAAAAUGAGUGGAAUUUGCUUUUAAGAUUAAUAACUGAAUAACAAUUGUAACAUGUGCAAUUAAAUCCACAGUUUAUUCUCUCAAGUUGCCUCAAGUUGAGCAGUAAGAAAUGCUGUGUUCAGUAUUUGGGCUCGAUAAUGCACUGCAUUAACAAUAAGUUCAUAUAGUUAAAGAACUAACCUAGUGGUACUGACAGUAUGCAGGCUUACAGAAGUGGACUGGAUUAAAACCAGUUGCUUUCAGUUCUCAGUUGAAUUAAGGCUACAAGGCAAUACAAUAAGGUAUAACGACACCGUUAUGAACCACAGGGCUGGACCUGGAUUGGACCACAUCCCGGGCCUUCUCAUGUCUCUUCAGAUUUUCAUCACGAUCCUGAAUAUUCUUUUGAAGACAUGCAGAACCUGCUUGGUUUAGGCUGAGGAUCGAAAAGGAGGUUGUUUUUGUCGUUUCAUUGUUGUAAAUUGCAAUGUUUGUGACCACGUGACUUUGGUAGUUUUCCCUGUUUGAUCUUUUGGUAAUUGAUGGAUCACGUAUUUAGCUAGUUUGAGACUGCAUCUCUACAUACACAAGCACAUUCAAAUCUGUCUCCAAAACGUUACCGUUGCACCGAUGAUACAGUCCAACUUCGAGAAGAUUUAUUGGUUUCUCUGUUGACAGCGAAGUCUAAAAGCUGGUCACAUGCUGAACCUAGUCUUUCGCGUUGAGCCUAACAUUACCACUGACCCCAGACCAAUCGAAAAAGGGCUUGACAUGUCCUCACCUCAUUUGUGAUCUUGUCAGUCUGUGGGCAGUUUUCUCCAACAGCUUUAAUCACUGCUUCAACUCGCGAGCUCUGCCACUACAUGUGAAUUCCCAGCCUGUUAACUUUGACGCACCGACUUUGUUAAUAAAGGUACCAAAAGGGUUCUUCGGAGUUAUGCUAUAGAACAAGGGUUCCCAACCCUGCUCCUGGAGAUCUACUCCAUCUGCAGAUAUCUAUCAGACCUGAUCCACCUAAUUAAGAAAGUCAGGAGCUGUGAACAUUACAGGUAGGACUGUUAAGUUAGGGUUGGAACUAAACAAAAAAGGCAACCCUGCCAUAGAACCACUUUGGUUGCUGUCAUUUACCAGAAUAAUGUAGACGCUUAAGAAUUGCGAACACGCCUGAUGCCAUUCUACCAUCGCAGUGGCAGUACGAAUGAUGUAAUGACCGGAGUGGCAAGUGACCAUAACACCGCCGACAAAAAUAGCUUUCCUAAAAUCUUAAUUUUAAUUUUAAGAAUCACCUAAUGCUUCUUGAGUAACACCACUGACAUAGUCUUUCUGAGGCACCUGAAGCUGUCAGUAGCUUAACCCAAAUUCAUCAGAAAUUUAAUCGUCAGCAAUUAUUUUAUCAGAAUACAAUGACAUUAUAUAUUUAAACUAAGUUUAACCUGCAACAAUGAUUGAAUACAUUGUUUCACGUAGAAAUACUUUCACAUCUGUGAAGUCACUGCUGAUUUUACUGCACAGUAUAAGUAAAAAUUACUCAAAUAAAAAUCAGAAAGAAGAGUCAUCAUAGUUUUUGUUGGAUAAUUUGGGAAUAGAACAAACGACACGCUGACUUCAAUGUUCUGUGGUUUAGUUUAAGCGCAUUAUUAUGGCUUCAAAGUGACCGCAAUGUUAGAAUGACCCAAAUGACUGGACACUACAGAUGCGGUAGAUAGAGAUUGCUGGAAUAUUCUUUUAAAGAAUCUGCCACUGAAGUUUGUUCCUCAAUAGCAUAACCUCAAAAAACCUUUCUGGCACCUUUAUGUUUAAAUGCGAAUGAAAUUUCUCAUCAGUGGGCUGUAAAGUGUUUAAAUACAUGGCACAGUGGUUCUGGGGGAUGCAUGUGCCAAGCUGUCAAUCACUCUUUUCCAUGGAAUUUGAUUGGUUAGAGUAAUAAGGGGCGAGGCUGAGAGAAGUGAUGAAAUGUUUUUAGGACCGGCUCCUUUCCUAGGCAUGAUGACUCCACAUAGGGGUAAUAUUUGCGUUCCUGCUAUGCUGUGUCUACAUUCUAACAUAACUGUCCUCUUUCUGGUCCAUGGGCACUUCUUUAAAAAAUUCCCCGAGCUCUAUGCAGAUCCUAUCCAGCAGCAAAGGCACUGUGCAUAUAUGUUACAUAUGUUGCUGGCAUUGGUCUUGGUCAUUGUAACUCCACAUGCAAGUCAUUAGAGAACUCUGUAAUUGUGUCCAGCCAAAUAACUGACCAGUAAUCCAAAACAGCAUGAGACUUUUUUGACAUUUGCAAUGUAUGAUCGGUAAUAGGCCGCUGUCUUAAACUCCGUGUGAAGCCGUAGACGCGUAAAAAACGUCAUAUCGUCAAAUUGGAUGUCAUGAUAUUAAGAACAUAUCAACUUUAACAAUGCUGCAAAAACGAUAUAGCGCUAAAGAUGAGUCGUUAUUGGCCAUAACUUGUUUGAUCUUAGCUUUAGUAUUACAGAAAAAAAAAAGUCUUACGACACAAAGAACUAACCGUGUUCAAACCUAAAAAAAAAAACUCUGUUAUUUCAAUUUAUGAAGUAGUUUUUUUUUUUCCUGAUUCUGACUGAUAUUUUCUCCUAUAAGUACGUUGUAAAUAUAUAUUGUGAAUUUAUAGCGGUGUGUUUUAUUAUUGAUUUAUUUAUUUAAUGCAAAUGUAUUUUGUUUUUGUGUACUGAAAUAUAUUUACUAACUGGAACAAUUUGGGAAAGCGUGACUUAACAAUUGUAAAAACAAGUGUCAUGGGCCUGAUUUUGGUGUUAUUUCACCAGAAAAGAUAAAAAAAAAAAAAAUGUUGUUUUUCUUUUGGGGUCUGGGCUCAGGAUCCUUUUGCUAGCUGCCAAUAAUAUUUUCUAUUUUGAAACUCUUUAUCUAAUUCAACGAUUUUUUUUGUUUUUGUUUUUUUUAUUUUCUCAUUGCUUUAUAAGAGUGUUGAUUUCUGUCGUUUACCUGCAAAACGUAAGACAUGAAGAUCUGUAUUUAUUCAUUUCUGUCCUUUUUUUUCACCUUUUAUUUCUUCCAUUCUUCCAGCUUUCACGCUAGCAUCAGAAGAUAUUUGUAGUUCGUGUUUUGGUUUAUCAGAUUUCUGAUUUGAAAACCUUCAAGCCAACAUAAAACUGGCUUUUUUUAUUUAAAGGGGCACUCCGGACUAAAUUAACAGUUUAACCCGUCGCUAUGUCUGCUGUAAAUAAGCCUUCUCGCAUCUUACAGUGGUUCACAAUGGCCUCCAGAGUGAGACUUUCCGGUUAAAAGAUUAGAAAAAGGCACCUUCUGAUGACGUAUCUUGAAGGUGGUAGGAACUUUUGAAAAAACUACAAAUACCUUGGGGUGGAUACUUGAUGCAUGGCUGCUUUUUUCCGCUGGCUAAUGCAGAAGGAAGCCAGAUAGCUGACAUUACUGCUAGAAAGCUGAAUAGCACAUCUGUAUUUAUUAGCCUUUACAUCAGGGGAUGUCUUUAGCCUCAUGAAGGUUUCCCAGUGAUGUUUUUUUUGCUAAGCAUGCUGGGUAUUGAGAGAACAUUGAUGAAUGCAAACAUAAACAGUUGAAUUCUGUCAAACGCAUAAGACUGAGGGACGCAACGCUGCACUCCAGAAUACUGCAGAACAUGGUGAAUAAGAUGCUAAUUUCAGGCCGGUGUGCCCCUUUAACCGAUGUAAAUCAUUUGUAGUUGGUUGUUCUCUUUCUAACAAUGCUUGUUUGCAUUACACAGUAGUACUUUGCAUCUGAACAUGUUUUUGCUUGACAUAUUGUGUAGUGAAACGUUUCUGAGGCCACUGGCUGUAAAGCAAGAAAACCUUUAAGGAGCUAUUUUUUUUUGUUUGUUUGUUUUAUUUUUACUGUUUCAGCAAAUUCUGUGAUAAUGAUAUGGCUUAAAAUGGGCAGUGCCAUUGCUAACAGGGUAAACAUUCAAAAGAGGCCUUGGAGCACCAAUCCUGCAGUACAGACUGGGUUCAGGGCACUUUUAAAAACCAGUUUAUAACUUUUACAUCACAAAAGCGACGUAGAUAAAGUUCUGAAUGUAGGUGAGGUUGUGUUUUGGGUGGGUACAGUAGAAAUGACGUUUGGGUUUGAAUGUGUAAACACGGUUUGAAAGGUUUAUGUAGAAUGUUUGAUAGUUGAGAAAUUGUUAAGAUGGAUAUGCUGACGGAUUAGACGACCUAGUUAACAUCUUCUGAGGAGAUGUUUGGAUUUAGCAUGUGUUGGCGUGAGUAGCAGGGAAAACUACAAUUAUUAAAUGUAUUAUUGGUGUUACAAUGUUAUAAAGGCUGAUCAGCUGUAGAGAAAAGUCAAGUAUGACAAAUAUGGCCAGUUUCCUAGGCCCAGAUUAAGACUAAGCCUUGACUCCACUGCACUGCAAGACUAGGCUUAAUCCUUGUCUGGGAAACCGGCCCAUAAAGUUUACAUUAAGUACUAAAUUACGCUCUCAUGCCUUGAUAUAUAGUGCCAACAUAAUUAGUCUGCUUUAAGGCUGGGGGGAAAUGCUUGAAGUACUAAUCUGUUAUCAGUGCUAUCCACAAACCAUCAUACUACAAAUGCAGUAUAUACUAAAUGAAGGCUUGUAGCUCUGGGUAGGCUGGAGUGCCACAAUGUUUGUGCUUGUAGUUAGCAGUAUAGCUUUGUAUCGAAGGUGAUAUUGCUACAGUCUAGACAUCCCCAUCAUGAAGUGGGCUAGAGUAGAUGUGCAGUUUGAGAGUGGACACGAAAAUGUAGCUGACUGGACAUUGACACGCUGUAAAAAAUGCCAUCUUUGGAGCAGCGCCACUUUUUUUUCCCAAUGGUUCGUAAACCAGUCUUCAGGGAACCCCCAUUUGUGCUCCAAUCCAACAUAAAUUACAUAGAAAUAGAACCAAAAUGUGGACAAUUUGGGGGUCCCUGAGGGCCACUACCUUAAAGAACCUUUCAAAUGAGUGGUUUGACUUGAGCUUUUUGAAGAACCUUCCAUUGAAAGGUUCUUUAGGGGUUCUUCUAUGGCUUUGCCCCAGUGGUUUUCAAACCAGUCUUCAGGGAACCCCCAUUUUUGCUCCAAUCCAACACAUAUUACAUAGAAAUAGAAUCAAAAUGUGGAUCAUUUGAGGGGUCCCUGAGGACCACAACCUUAAAGAACCUUUCAAAUGAGUGGUUUGACUUGAGCUUUUUGAAAAACCUUCCAUUGAAAGGUUCUUUAGGGGUUCUUCUAUGGCUUUGUCCCAAUGGUUUUCAAACCAGUCUUCAGAGAACCCUCAUUUUUGUUCCAAUCCAACACAUGUUACAUAGGAAUAGAAUCAAAAUGUGGAUCAUUUGGGGGUCCCUGAGGACCACUACCUUAAAGAACCUUCCAAUCAAUUGGUUUCAGUUGAGCUUUUUGAAGAACCUUCCAUUGUAAGGUUUUUUAGGGGUUCUUCUAUGGCUUUGCUCCAAAGAACCCUUUUUGACACCUUUACUUUGAAGAGUGAUGCUAUGAACAGUCAGUGGUUCUGUGAUGUUUUCCUGAAAGGUUCUGUCUUGUUGUGUAGUUUUGUUUGGCAUGGCAAGUGAACUGGUGAGGACAAAUAUAUGAGUAACGGUAACAGUUAAACAACCUUUUUGCUGCAGUCGUGUAAAACCUCUAUAGAUCAAGUCAAAUUUAGGCCACAACAGCGCAGAAGAUCUACCCACCUAUAUAAGUGGUCCACAACAUCGCUAAACAUCUAAUCGUGCCUCGUUAGAAAAGGACACUAAGUUAAAACGGCUAGAACAGUGGAAUAGUUUGCCAAACGCUGCAGUUGUUGCGCGUAACCUUGAUCAGUUUUGCUGAUGUUGCUUACGAGGCCCAUUGAGACAUGCACCAAAUCGAGACACACCAAGAACUCUCUUCUUUCUCCCUCCUACCCUCUCUUUGUCCCCCUGACAGCGAACCCCCUCAACUCCUCAUGGGCUGUAGGCUGUUAGAUUUUUUUUUUUUCUUUCAAGGGAAAAUUGGAUAGCUGUUUUGCAAUGACAGCAUUAUUGCAAUGACACAAUUAAGACGUGGUAUUGAAAUAUGUACAUUAAAUUUAUGAUGGAGUAAAUUAGACUAAACUGAAAUGAUGCCAUUAUGUCAUUGUGCUGAAAUGAGUAUAAAUAUUAUAUUAUAUAUUAAAAUAUAUUUGCUAACCUAAAAA